AUGGGAUUCUUCAUCAAAACGUUGCAUUUUUAUCUCAUCAUUCUCUUUUGUGGUGGAGAUGAGCAAUUUCAGCAUUCAAACAAUAAGAGUCUUCUUUCCAAAUCCUCUACAAGUCCUUCUUCGUUAUCUGAAUCUCAAAUUCCAAGAGGUCUCAACUUUUUACAUAAUGUAAGGACAAAGUCUACAAAAAAGAAUGUACGUCUCAAUAUACUUAACGUUUUAAAUAAGCAACACAGUGAUAGUUUCCAAGUUGAUCCAACAACUGUUUUAUCUAAUAGCCAACCACAGCAUAAAUCAUCCCAUAAAUUCUCACAAACUGAUGAAAUAGUAAAUGUCGCAUUGACUGACUCAUCUCUACGGGGCAUGACAUUGUCUCCUAUGCCAGCAGAAAAGCAGCAAAAAACUGGAGGCCUUUUAAAUCUCAAUUCAGUGUUAAAGUGGAAUGUUCUUGGUGAUGAACAAUACAAAGUAAAGGGAACAAGAUUUCCAUCCUCAACAUUACACAUUAGUGAAAGCUGUGGAAUCCCAACAAAUGGCACAUUUGAUCUAUCAAACAGGAAACUAACCAAGGAUGAACUGAGGGGGAAAAUGGAUCCCAUUUUCUGCAAAGCUACACUGGACCAAAUUAAAAAGUUUAAUGCAAGUCUCAACAAAUUGGAGACAGAUAUUGCAACCCUGAUUCCAUUAUUCCUUGAAAUGAAGAAUGUGUAUUUAAUUGAUGUGAGUUAUAACAAAAUAUUUAUAAAUACCAAAUCUGCAAGAGAGAGUCAUAAUCUGGAGCACAACAAUCUUCGGUUUUUAAAUCUCAGUCACAAUCCCCUUAAAACUCUGACAAGCCUCACCUUACCAAGAGGUCUCAAGAGCAUUGAUUUAUCUUUUACACAAAUUAGCCAAAUACCAAAAAAUUUUGUUGCAAUGUUUUCUCACAUAGAAGAGGUAUUUCUUCAGGGGAAUCAAUUUAUGUACAAUACUGAAGCGGUUACAUUUAAUUUUAAUCCUGUACUUAGAAUAAGAAAUGAUGAGAGUUUCUUUAAUGGAACCAUUUCAUUUACAAAGCUUCCACAGUCCACUCCCAUUGAAAGCUGCCUUGAGAAAGCAACACAUCAAAUAAUGUUAAACUAUUUCACUGAAACAGAGUUUCAAAACAUAACAAAAAAACAUAUUUCUAUUGACCUUAGCAAUAAAUUCAUGCACAAUUUCCACUACUUACCAAAAUCUUUGCAUCAUAUUGAUUUAAGCAACUGCAACUUACAAGGAAUAGCUCGCCCUAAUCUUUUUCCAAAUGUAACUGUGUUUAAAAUUCAAAACAAUAACAUAAAAAAAAUAUCAUAUUUCCCAGAUUCAUUAGAGGAAUGUGAUGUUAGUAAAAAUAAAAUAAGUAGAUUCACUUUCCAAGGGAAGGGGCAAAAUUUAAAACUACUUAAUUUUUCUAGAAAUCUUUUAAAGCGACUGAAUGUGAAUAAUUCCUAUCUUUCCCUAAAUAAUCUGGAUGUAAGCUGUAAUUUAAUUACAGAUCUGCUGGGUGACAUGGGAACAUUUAUGCCUGAACUGAAAUAUUUGAAUCUGUCAGAAAAUAAGAUAUUUUUUCUUCAGCCUGGAUAUUUCCCUAAAUCCUUGGUUGAGUUGGAUAUCAGCAACAAUGCCAUUGCCAUCCUUAUGAAAGAAACGUUUGUCCAUUUGACAAACCUGAAAAUUUUAACUGUUCAAGGGAAACAUUUUUUCUGUAACUGUGAAUUAUACUGGUUUGCAAAUACAUACCUUGCUAAUCCACAAAUGAAAAUAAAUGGCCAAGAAAGCCUUUUCUGUGGUUUUCCAAAGAAAAAGAGAGGUCUUUUGUUGCAAAACAGUAGUCUAACAAUGUUGCAUUGUUCUCUUGGUCUUCAAAUCGGAAUUACUGUCAUUGUGGUCAUUUUGAUUAUGUCCAUCAUAUCUGUAUUAUGCUGGCAUUUUGAUGGUCCAUGGUAUUUGAAGAUGGGCUGGUAUUGGUGCAAGGCUAAAAGGAAACAAUAUGAGAAGAGACCAGAACACAAAAUAUACGAUGCUUUCAUUUCAUACAGUGAAAAUGAUGCAUCCUGGAUCAAAGAAACUCUAUUAAAAAACCUGGAAGGCAGAGGCUUUAAAGUAUGUUAUCAUGAAAGGGAUUUCAUGCCAGGGCAUCCUGUUCUUGGGAACAUUUUUUACUGUAUCGAGAAUAGCCAUAAAGUUCUUUUUGUGCUAUCACCCAGGUUUGUCCACAGUUGUUGGUGCCAGUAUGAGUUGUACUUUGCUGAACACCGGGUUCUCACUGAAAACCAGGAUUCCCUCAUCAUGGUUGUACUGGAAGAUCUGCCAACCAACAGCAUUCCAAAGAAAUUCAGCAAGCUUAGAAAACUAUUAAAAAGGAAAACCUACUUGAAAUGGAGUCCUGAAGAACACAAACAAAAACUUUUCUGGCACCAGUUGACUGCUGUGUUGAAAACUAUGAAUGAGCCAGUACUAAGAACACAGAGAAAAAGCUGCAUCAGGAAGCAGACAGAUGAAACUGAAUGA